AUGACCACUCGUUCGUUGGGAGCCCUGGAAGGUAAAAAAGCGAACGCGAUGGGUAACGCCGCGACGGCUAACAAGAAAGGUGACUCGGCCGAGAGCGUCAAAGAGUUCCUCGACCAGGCCAAGGAGGAUUUCGAGGAGAAGUGGAAAAAGAACCCGACGAACACGGCGGCCCUCGAAGACUUUGACCGUAUCAAGACGUUGGGUACGGGCUCGUUUGGCCGUGUCAUGAUCGUACAACAUAAGGCUUCCAAGGAGUAUUAUGCCAUGAAAAUACUCGACAAACAGAAAGUGGUCAAGUUGAAACAGGUAGAACACACGUUGAACGAAAAGAGAAUUUUACAAGCAAUCAGUUUCCCGUUCCUCGUCAGUUUGAAAUACCACUUCAAGGACAAUUCCAAUUUAUAUAUGGUGCUUGAAUACGUGCCGGGAGGUGAAAUGUUCUCUCACCUGCGGAAGGUUGGCCGAUUCAGCGAGCCACAUUCGCGUUUUUACGCGGCUCAAAUAGUGCUAGCAUUCGAGUACCUACACUAUCUUGACCUAAUCUACAGAGAUCUCAAGCCAGAAAACUUGCUGAUCGAUUCGCAGGGCUAUUUGAAAGUGACUGACUUUGGUUUUGCGAAACGUGUCAAAGGGCGAACAUGGACCCUGUGUGGUACGCCUGAGUAUUUGGCGCCUGAAAUUAUAUUAAGCAAGGGAUAUAAUAAAGCUGUUGACUGGUGGGCUCUUGGAGUUCUAGUAUACGAGAUGGCUGCUGGUUAUCCACCGUUCUUUGCUGACCAACCUAUACAGAUAUACGAGAAAAUUGUCUCGGGCAAAGUACGCUUCCCAUCACAUUUUGGUUCUGACCUAAAAGACCUACUGAGGAACUUGCUACAAGUGGAUCUUACUAAACGAUUUGGCAACCUGAAGAACGGUGUCAACGAUAUCAAAGGACACAAGUGGUUUGCAUCAACAGAUUGGAUUGCCGUGUUCCAGAAAAAAAUUGAAGCUCCGUUCAUUCCUAGGUGCAAAGGACCAGGAGACACAAGCAAUUUUGACGAAUACGAGGAAGAAGCAUUGAGAAUCUCUUCGACGGAAAAAUGCGCCAAAGAGUUUGCUGAGUUUUAA